CUAAGUGAAGACGCAGCCAAGAAUGAGAAUGAACUCAAUGAAUUGGAAGAUGAGAUUGAGAGAUUACGUAAUCGAUUACAACAACCUUCAGAAAAAUAUCAAGACGAGGUGAAUAAAUUAUCGGCCCUCACAAAUCUUCUCGAAACUAGAAUAUUGAAGCCUUAGAAAUUGCCCAAAUUGUAGCUAGUUCAGGUGCACACGUAAAUAGGCGCAAGUUGUUACAUAUCUUUCUCAAAUUCAUUAAUAAUUCAUGAUAAUUCAGCCAAUGAUAAUCACCUAUUUGAUCACAAGAUGCCAUUUGGAUACUUGAUGAAAGUCACUAGUGUUUUCAUCAAAUAUCUUAAUUACGCAUGCAAAAUUACUUGAAUAGAAUUCCCAAUUACGUUAUGCUUGGUUAAGAAUUCUAUUCAAAUCAGCAAACGAAAACAUUCUGUUACGUCUCAAUUCAUUUGAGAAGCCAUAUAAACAACUCGAGCUCGUGUCUCACCGGGAUAUCGAAACACUCGAAAACAAUGUAUGAAAACACUCGCGCUUCGCGCUCGUGUUCUCAUACAUUGUUUUCUCGUGUUUGGAUAUCCCGGUGAAACACUCGCUCUCGUUGUUCAUAUAUUACGUAAAAAGUUGUAACACGGUUGUCAAGCCGAUAUCAGGAUGUGUUCGCACUGUUUUUGUUCCCAGUUCUUUUGACAAGUCUGGAACAAGUUGUUAUCACCUUGUUACAUUAAGGUUGAUGGAAAAAAACUUGGUACAAUCAUAGUUAAUAGAAUAGAUAACUAUAUGGUUUGGAAACUCAUUAGAAUAACAAUAUAACUCAUUAUCUACGUUAGUCAACGUUUAUUCAUAAAUAUGGUCUUUCACCUUCACGUGUGUAUGGUAUUUUUGCCCAAUCCACCAAUAGCAAUUUCCAAUUUCCCUAUUGUUCGAGUCACGGAUAGGUAACUUUCCUAAGACAUGGUUGGUUGGGCAAAAAUACAAUACACACGUGACGGUAACUAAACGACCAGAUUUACGAAUAAACGUUGACUAACAUAUAGAUAAUGGGUUAUAUUGUUAUUCUAAUGAGUUUCCAAACCAUCUCUUCUGUUAACUAUGGUACAAGUUGUUCCAUGCAACAAGACUAACACAGGCUGUUCGUAACAAGUUGCUACGAGCUUGUUGUCGUCAACUUGUUACUUGUAUAGAGGAUAUAUCAGACAUGCUGGAACAACUUUUUGCGAGUUCGUUUCGCCUCCUCAACCUUGUCAGAAGAUGAUAACAACUUGUUCCAUACUUGUCAACACCUGGGAAUAGGCAGUGCGAACAUAUCUUGUUCACAAGCUGUGAGAUCUUUACGUGUAUCACUGGGAAAAAAAGUGAAUUCCAUACUACGAAAUUUACAAUUGCACCACUAAAUCCAUAGUAUAUCCAUCCUAUUUCCAUACUAUACCAUACUAUGGAAAUAUACAACUAUUAUGGAUAAGCAAAAUCGAUUCUAUUUCCAAUAAAGGUCCAUACAAUUUCCAUUCUAUGACCUUCUAUGGAUUUUCAAAAUUUUUUCCAGUGUAUAUCUCAAACUCGUAAAUAUUUCAUCAGUAAAUUAGCCAACAUGAUAAUACUGGACACCUGGUGAAGCGAGUACUUGGACUGGAUCAAAAUUAAUUCACCUCACUGUGUAAAUCACUAUUUACGCAUAUGAGAUGUCAUUUCUAAUCCUCCAAUGGACCUUUCCCCUUAUAACUAAAAUUUCGAUCUGGACAAAAAUUUCAUCACAGCUUGAAAGUGCAUCGCAAAAUUAGUAAUAUUCCAAAGUUUUGUUGCAAAAUCUUGUAAAAUGCGGAUAAUAUAGCCUUGCGAAGUUUGCCGUUUUUCAGUCAUUUUGUAUUACAAACGGGAAAUUGACAUCCGAUUCGGGUGUUGGGGCUGCAAUUUCCCGUUUGUAAUACAAAAUGACUGAAAAUUGCAAACUUCGCAAGGCUCUAUUUUCCUCAUGUUACAACAUUUCGCAACGAAACUUUGGAAUGUUACUAAUUUUGUGAUGCUCUUUCAAGCUGUGAUGAAAUAUUUGUCUAGACUUGCCUAGAUCAAAAUUUUGGUUAUAAGGGGAAAGGUCUAUUCGGAUUCGAUUAGUUUUACAAGUCCUCGCAUUGCGCAGACUUGAAAUCUAGUCCAGUCCUCAUGUAGUCGGAUUUGAAAUAUUACAUCUUUCAUCAUUGCCGCCGGAGUCCUAUUCCUGCAUUAUGCAGUGUUUGGGUAUAAUUUACCUCAGUCACAUGUAGAGAAGUGCUUCCAGUUUGACUCUUCCAAACACCGUCGAUUUUCUCCGGGUACUUCACUUUCCUGUAGUGACAGUGGUCCUCUAGAGAAGCACAGUUUAAAACUGAUAGUACUAUCAUGCAACAUAAAUAAAAUUAGUUUAGUUCAGAUUUCCUGCUGAAGUAUCAACGUGGUUUCAUUGUCAUUUUUCUGAAGGUGGAUCAUGUGCGAGCUCUGGCAAAGAGACAGAAAGAUCGUUUGGAGAAAGAGAUCCAGGAACUACAAGCCGAACUGCAAGAACUUCAAGAUAAACAUUUUGAUGAGGUGGGACAAUUUAAUUUUUUGGGAUGCCAUUUCGAAUCCCGCUGGAGACAAUGAAUUUUUGGUCGUACUCUGCAGUUUCAGAAUUAUAUGGAGCUACUAUCAUGGACAAGAUGACUCGGACAAACACAUUAAAUACAAAGAGUGUUGCACAAUCUCUAAAAUAUCCUCCAAAAAUCUGUACUCCCUCCCCUAGUACAAUGGUGGUGAACACUCGAGCCAUGACUACAACUUUGUUGACAUUUGAGACAGCAACAUUGUACUAGGGAGGGGAGAUGGAUGCAAUCAUUUUGUAGAUGAUAGCUACCAUGAUAUGUAUUCAACUAUGAAGAAACAGCGUCCGAGUGUUUUUUGUCCAGGAUUGUAGUUUUCAUAUCUCUGAGCAUGGUUCUGAAGUGUAUGAUACAUUAUACACAUGACUUUUGUGUGUGUUGGUGUUAUGUACUCAGGUGAAUGUGAUGUUUGUGAUGUUACUCUGAGUGUGCAUCCACACCUGGCAAGCUGAAAAGUUAGCUUGCCCACGGUGGAAAUCAAACCCGCGAUUUUGAUUCCCGCCGUGGAUUGUGGGUUCGAUUUCCCCCGUGGUCAGGCAAACUUUUCAGCUUGCCCACAAACAUCACAUACAUCAUAUUCACCUGAAUACACAACACCAACACAGAAAAAUAUAGCACAUUGAAGGAACUAGACUCAGUUCCGAAAUAUCACUAACUCGAACCGACUUGACCACGUAGCUCAGUUGGUAGAGCAUUGGACUAGCUUCCCAAAGGUCGCGGGUUCGAUUCCCACCGUGGCCAAGCAAAUUUUUCAGCUAGCUGCCCGGUGUGAAUGCACACUCAGAGUACAAACAUAUACACAUAUACCGUAUCUGCAUGCAUGCAGUAAGUGAAAUAAUGUUUUCCUACCUUACUUUUAGUUACGAAAGAAAGAUGAAGAGAUCACGGAGUUGGAAGCAAUUCUGUCAGAAAAUGCUCGUGAUGCUACGGUAUGUACUAGUCCAGCGGAAAAGUAAAAAAUCAUGCACUUUGUGAAGAAAGCACCCAAUUCACAGGAAGUGUAGACUUUAACAUGAUAAUGAAUCUUAGAUAUGGAGGCAUCACCAAAAUUGAUGCUGACGGCUUAAAAUUUAGGAUUUCUUAUAUUCUCUUAUUAAACUCUAUUACUGUUUAAAGUUGUGAAAUUGCAGGUUCACAUAUAGCAAAAAUGACUUGCAUGAUUAGAAAGCUUACAAAAAACUACAUAUAAGACUUUUAAACGGCUGAUUGAUUUUCCAAGCGGUUUUCCAGUUAUUGCUAUUUAAAAACGUGAUAAAUAGGCAAAAAUACCGCCAAAGUCGUGGACACUUGCCCUAAAACAUAUUUUCAACCGCUCAUAACUCCAGAGGAGUUGGAAAAUCAAAGUAACUGCUUAAAUGUCUUAUAUGCAGUUUUUUGUAAGCUUUCUAAUGACGCAUGUCAUUUUUGCUAUAUGUGAAGCUGCAAUUUCACAAGUUUUAAUUGUAUAAGAGAUUAAUAAGAGAAUAUAAGAAAUCCUAAAUUUUAAGCCGUCAGCAUCAAUUUUGGUGAUGCCUCCAUAUUUAAGAUUCAUUAUCAUGUUAAAGUCUACACUUCCUGUGAAUUUGGUGCUUUCUUCACAAAGUGCAUGAUUUUCUCAAAUAUCUGACUGUGCAUAUCCGCUGGACUAUACAGUCAAAUGUUUUAAAAGACUGAGUGUGCCAUCAAGUACAGUAAAAUCUCGCAUAUAAGAAACUAGAAUUUAUUUAGACCCCAUUUUAAAUAAGAACCUGUCUGGGCUAGAAUUUCAAAGCAGGUUCUUAUUUUAUCAAAUAGAGUCAAAUCUAAAAAUUUAUAAAUCAAAGAAAAUAAGCACUUCACAAAGUAAUGAAAAUGACCCAGAACUCUGGAAAUGUCAUCCAGAUAAAUAACAUGUCUAUUCCGUGAAAAUACUACAUGGCAAUCUCAACUACUAUAGUGACUGUAUAAGCAAUGUUUACCAGCAUCAUGGACUGAUAAUUUGUGCCUAAUUUAUACACCACAUGCACCUACCGAAAGUGAGUCGCUUUUUUCUUAAGAAAAUAAGAACCUAUUUAAGAAUCUAAAUCUGUUUGUACCAGUGUGGGUGUGAAAUUGCUGUGCUGAGUGGUUAUAUUACUAUUACUACCUGAAAUAAACAAGCAGAAACUCGACGUUUCGAGCGAAGGCCCUUCGUCAAGAGUUAGGAGUUAGAUAAGAACCUGUUUAGCCCAAUUUCCUGUUAAGCACCAUGUACAUCUAAAAAUCUAGGUUCGUAUCAGAGUUCGUAUAUGCGGGGUUUUACUGUAGAUUUGUUUAUAAAUGCAAACAUGAAAUUUUAUUACUUCACAGGAUGAAGAAGAGAAGAACAAAUUACGUCGAGAUUUGGAUGGCUUGAAACGUCUUCUAUCCGACCGCGUGAAAGCCAACAAGGUAACAUUUGCUCAUCCCAACAAGGACAGUGUGAGCAUAACUUUCUUUAGCAUUGUCAUAUACAAGGGUGUGUGUCAUGUUGAUGUAGAAAUUUCAUAUCCUGAGCCUAGCCACCUGUGGAAUGGUUGAUUUGGAUAUACACACAGUAUAAUUUAUUGCUGAAGAUGAAUCAAAUUUAAAGUCUGUAGUAUAACUUUUUGUAUGUGUAAUAUUUGGGUCAUUCGAAGAAGGAAUGUAAUGUAUCUUUAUAGUAAAAAAUCCCAUCUUGAUCAACUUUUUCACUGUCAAAGUUUCCGGAUAUGAUGUCAUUAGGUUUUCCUUUGUUUUUUUUGUACCAAAAUUGCACCGAAUGAUAUCAUAUCCAGAAACUUUGACAGUGAAAAAGUUCAUCAAGAUGAGGUUUUUUACUAUAAAGAUACAUUACAUUUCUUCUUGUAAUGACCCAAAUAUUACACAUACCAAAAUUCAUAUUUGGGGUUAGUCGCUCUUUAAAUGUCGGAAUAACUUAUAGAAUAUCAGUGUUGCUUGUGACAUUCAUCUGAACAGUGUGCCAGAUUCCCAUGAGUGUGCAAUUUUGUCUCGUAUAUGUCUUCUAUAUGAAACACGAGGAAGCGUGUUACAUCAGGAUAUCCAUGCAACUAUCGAGAAGUUUGUUGAAAACCAGUGACGACUUAACUUAUGCAACUUAUGCAAUUUCUUUCUCCGAUAUCCAAAAAACGACACGGUGUAGCCUGCAAAAACAGUCAUCUCACAUCGAGCGGAUGCGAUAAAUUUUUAUUUCCUUUCUUGUUGGCUCAUAUAUUAAUGUAUUUUAGGCCUGAUCAAGCGAGGAUGAGAGCUGAUGAGCGUUGAGAAGAGAGAGUUUUCUCAACUCUCAUGUCGCAGUAAAUGAGAACGAGAGUUGAGAGUUGAUGAGUGUGUACUGGAUGCCUGGAUAUUACCUUUUAAACGAGCAAAAACUCUCGUCUUCUAUCAUAACAAUUUGAACUAGCUCAAAUGUGAUGACAGUUGAUGAAAGUUUGUGAGACUCGACGAGAGUUGGCGUUCAAAUGCAGGAUAGGAAAAAAGAAUUUUCUUCCAGGAGCACAAACUGGAGACAACAAUUUUUUGCACCAACGGAGUAUUUUUGUGCUAAAUCUGCAUGUGCAUAAACAUAUACGCCUGUAUUGUAAAAGCUCACUCAAAGAGUGGAGGUUCAAUCUGAGCUUCCCUUGAGUGUCAGUGCUGUUUUUGAAUAGCUGAAUGGUAAGUAGUUACAUAGUACGACACUAACCCUCCAGCUAUUCAAAAACAGCAUUGACACUCAAAGAAAGCUCAGAUUGAACUGCCACUCUUUGAGUGUCAGCGUGAGUGAGCUUUUAGAAUACAUGGCGAUUGUGUUGUAGCUGACCAUGGUUUUAAAUUCGAAGAAUAAUGUCUGUUAACCAUAUGUUGCUGCGCCCAUAGUGGGACAAGGGUGUUAAGCAUGAUUUUUUCUGUGUUGGUGUUUCCUUCAAAUUUUCAAUAGCAAAUCUUCAUUCAAACGAAUUUCCUGCAGCUGUUUAACAUUUCCUGCGAGCAGUGCUCGCGUGGUCGCCUAUUUUUCCACCCCUGGUCAAAUUUCAUAAUUACUUAAUGUUCGUCCAAUGGAAUUUUCCAGCAGGUCAGAGCCAAUUCACAGCAUUCGAGGAUCUGAAUACCUGCAACCACCUUUUCGAUCCAAUUUUAAAAGAGAAACAAAGAGAAACAAACCAGAUGCAAGUCUAUAAACUCGUCAAUUCUUGUCCUCGUUUUACAGGUGCUAAAUGAAUUUGAGCUCUUUAACUCCUCGAAACAUCGCGGGUGUUUUUCUGAAUGGUUUGCUCCUGUGAAAAUAUUGUCUGGAUCUCUAGAGAGAACAGAUCAGAACAUAAAGAGCUAUCAGCUAACCAGUGCAAUUUUGAUAAUUUUACAGGAGGCCAUUGAACAAGAUAAAAAGAUGGGCAGAGCUCAGCGAAAGAUGGAUGAAAGUCGAAGGAGGAUCGAAGCUGAUCUGAGAAAUGCUGAAAAUAAAGUAUGUUCAAUUUGAAGUGUAGGAGUGAAUACACAGAAUAGAGGGGGGGGGGGAGAGUGCCCUCCCAACCCUUUUAGAAAUAUAGGGGGUGUGCCCUCCCAACCCUUUUAGAAAUCCGCUUAUGGAUCACUUGGCAUUAUAGUACAAUGUGAUGUCGACAAUUUUUAUUGUUUUAUUAACUAACGUUUUUAGAUUCAGUCUGUCGAGAAUUUACUGAAGAAUAAACAGCGAGAAGGUAUGUAAUCUAUGCCGAGUAGUAUUUUGUUAUACAGUGAAAUAUACAAUAAACACUAUCAGAACGGUUUGACAUGCAUUGUUCCUGUGUCUGUUUCAGAUCGAAAUGUCGAUGCUUUAAGUCACGAAGUAGACAACUUGAAAAGAGCGCUGGAUGAGAGAUCCCGUGAGCUGUCAAGAUCACGGGAGACUGGUAAGGACAGUUAAUAAAAUUAGUAGAAAAUUUCCAAUUCACAUUUUGGGAUAACUCAAAUUCCCAGUGCUUGGAAAAAGUAGGGAAUGGACUACCAAGCAUUUAAACGCACAGUUCAGCCUUUCGAAUGAUGGUUUUUAAGGCGCAUUAGUGCAUUACAACCCUUUUAAUAGAUGAUUCCAGCUAUACACUAAAUUUUGAUCCAGACAAGAAAGACGGAAUCUAUCUUAGUUUAUAGCUUAAAAGAGCAUAUUAAAAUUAGUAAAAUUGCAAAGUUUGGUUGUGAAAUGUUGUAAAAUGGAGGAAAAUAUAGCCAUACGAAAUUUGCAAAUUUUGUAUUAUUUUAAUUUGUGUUACGCACAAAUGCACGGGAAAAUGUACCACCAAAUGUGGUGCAUUUUCCCUUGCGUGUAAAUUCCGAUUAGGUGUGUCAACAAAGAAAGCAUAUGCUACGUUUAAGCAUUUAUAAUUUAACUUUAUCAUAUUUAUAUAUUUCAGAUGACGUUACCCCAACACACAUACGUCAUCAUAUUUACAACCCCCGUAGUCAUGGCGACCAUACGUAUCAUCAUUACCAUGACACCAGUCUUCCUGUUGCUCACCAUACCAGAGACUCGCCAACACUACAGGCUGUUCAAAGAGUUCCAGCAGUCGCUACCAUGAAUGAAGUACAUCAUCAUCACUAUGGAAACAAUGCACCGAUUCAAUCGCCGGCUCAUGUGAAUGUGUCACCUGUACAUCCUGACGUAAUACGUCACCAUCACUAUGACAACGCUGUACCCCAGACACCUGUUGACGUGUCAGCGGCUACUACCAUCAAUCAAGUGCAUCGUCAUCAUCACUAUGGAAACGGUGAUUUUACUAUGCAGUUAAAAAAGAAGAGGGCAAGAAAGAAAGACUAUUGCAACAUUUCUGAACACGAGGAUUUGGUAAGAUAUUCCAUUAUUGUUUCCUACUACAAACUUUAACUUCACAGGGUACGAAAAUUCAAGAUUCUUAGUCGUACCUGACUCGUACCAAUCUCGUUCCCCGAGCCUGCGAUCCUCGGGAAGGAACGCGAGGCUCUGGGAUAAUUUACAUAAAGUGAUAUAGUACUGGCUUCUGAAAAGUAUAUUCAAACUACGAGUUAGGAUAAGAAGCACAAUUGCACAUAAAAACAAUCGACUCCUAAAUUCCUUAGUGCCAUCAGUCCAAAUAUGUUUCAUGCCAAGGCAUGUCAGACUAACGCAUAUACCAGCAAAAUUACGGUGUUGAAUACCUUGGGUUUGGAACGGUCAUGUGGUACCGGCAAAAAAAGUGAGUACGCAGAUAGUAAUAGUUCCACAUACCUACGUGGUACGUGGCUGAAAAUAACCGUACCAGACCGUAAUAUUACCAGACCGUAAUAUCGACGUACCAUGCGAACUAUCGCACCCUGACUUCAUUCAAUAUAAAAAGACCCUUAUGGAAAGUAUGGAGCUUCGUUUUCAGGAUUGAGAUACAGGCUUUAGAGCCUUUAGGAUCGAGAUACAAGCUUUAGAGGAUUAUAUAUAGCGACUAUGUAUGAGGGAUGAAAUAAUAUAACACAGUAAGUUAUAGUUGGGCUCCCCGUGGUCUUUUGCACGAUUUCUGCUUUCCAUCGUGAUUAGUUAAGUUUAAAAGGAACGACCGCGUACUACAAUUGAAAACUCAACUAAGCUGACUUUAUUUAAACUAGAUAGCUUUAUCAGUGCUAGGUAAGUCAGGAGUGUAGGUUAUUCUUCCUCGAGGUUCAGAAGCCGCCUCCUCCGCAGGCCCUCGUUGCGUCAUGGGAAGGUCACACACAAUCUGGCGAGGGCCUGCGGAAUCUUGUAAAAAAAAUGGCGCCGGUUAUAGAAAAGCGGCGUGAAACUUGUAAAUUAAAAUGGCGACUCUGAGGUGGAAGGAAGCAUUUUUUUUACGAUAAGGUUUGUUGUCCACCAACGUUGCACGAAUAAAACUGCCUUCUUUAACGAAGCAGGUUCAAAACAACAUUUAUUCAUUUUACAAGAUUCCGCAGGCCCUCUCGAAAUCGUGAGCUUUCCAUAACACAACGAGGGCCUGCGGAGGAGGCAUGUUCAGAAGCGUAUUUUUUCUCAGGUUUGAAAUCUCCUUGUUUAGGAGGACGAUGUCGUGGCACUUGAAGGGAAGCUAGCUUCAACCAAUAGUAAAUUAUCAUCUCAAAUGACAGAGGUAUGUUACUAUCCCUGUCCUGUAAGAGCGAUCUCUUAGGCUACAUUUAAACUUGUAUACCGGAUCGGUUUCCGUAGCGACGUGAAAAAAAACCACCUAUCCGUACCUUUUAGGAACGCUAUUUUCUGACGAAUUAUUGCAACGGAGAGAUGUUGCUUCGGUCAGCUUCUGAAAGUUGUACAUUUCGUAUCGGAUAAGGUGCUUUUUCACGCCGCUACGGAAAGCUAUCUGGUAUAGUUUAAAUAUAGCCUUAGUUAUUGAUCCAACUUAUUGCUGGCCCAACUUAUUGCUAGCCCAACUUAUUGCUGGCCAAGUUAUUGCUGGCCCAACUUAUUGCUGACCCAACUUAUUGCUGGCUCAACUUAUUGCUGGCCCACUUAUUGCUAGCCCAAUUUAUUGCUGGCCCAACUUAUUGCAGACCCAACUUAUUGCUGGCCAACUUAUUGCUGACUCAACUUAUUGCUGGCCAACUUAUUGUGCCGGAUGUAAAAGGUGCAUGUGCUAAGACACUAAGUGCACCUACCCAGUGAGCUCUACGUAUAACUGGAGCAAGAGUAUUUUUUCAAUCGAAGUCAAAACACAAAGUUUCUGCAAAUUCCUUGCAGCUUCGUGUGAACCGCGCAGAAAACAAUUGAAAGGGACUGGCACUGGACGUCACUUUCUGCCAUCUUUGGCUACACUUUUUGGACGGAAGAGGUUAUUUCGCUGGCCUCAGAGUGACAAAACGUAACAAAGCAACGGUUUUACUAACACUAACCCUAUUCCAAACACUAACCUAACCCUACCCCCUAACCUAACCCUGAUCCUAACCUAACCCUACUCCAAGUUUGUUUCUAAACCAAUCUUGAAGAAAAAUGUUUUGACGAAAUGUCAUUCUGAGGUCAGCGAAAUAACUUCUUCCUUUUUGGACGUGAGUUCUCACUCCAGACAUAUAUGGAGCUCACUGCCUCUACCCGUCUGCCACUGCGCCAUAAUUAGUCCAAAAAUGCCAAACUUGUGUACGGAUGUAUUAAUUAAUGUUUGCCGUCAUAUACUAUUUGUAGAACAAAUUGCAUACCUUGCGUUCUGAUCUUCAAAACUUGGAACAUACGGUAAGUUGUUUUGGGAUGAAUAGACUGUACGUAUGUAAUAUGUCAAAUCCGAAUUUGAAGUCCGUGCCAUUUGUCCGAGUCCGAGGCGAAGCCGAGGAUCUGGAUCAAAAUGCGAGGACUUAAAAUCUAGUCCAGUCCGAAUACACCCUUUCGAUAAUUACGUUACAACUACACUGUUUUCAACUUAGGACCACCUUAAAUGGAAAGGAUUUCAAGUUUUUUCUCAUGGGCUAUGCACAGAGAAGCCGAACAUCCUUCUUCAACACAUCCGCGAAAAAAAUAUGGAUUUUGACCAAUAAGUAUGGAAAUAAGCAUUAACGCGAAUACGAGGCUCCAGGUCAUGACCUGGGGCCUCGUUUUCGUGUUAAAGCUUAUUUCCACAUAUAUUGGUCAAAAUAAAGAAUUCUUUUUGAUGCAUGUGUUGAAGAAGGAUGUUCUGCUUCUUUGUGCAUAGCCCGUGAGAAAAAAACUUGAAAUCCUUUCCAUUUAAGGUGGUCCUAAGUUGAAAACAGUGUAGUUGUGACGUAAUUAUCGAAAGGGUGUAUUGGAGGAUUUUUUCGGUCUGUAUGUACCUUUAGACCUAACCAGGGGCAGCUGCGAAAAAUGAAACCGUAGGCCCUAUGGCAGGAAUCAAACCUGUGGGCCUGCGAUUCCGCGGUGCUGCGCUUUGACCACUACUGAACUUUAAGCGCUCUUUAUUUUUUAAGGUUUCAGAUUCCAUGAGACAGAGGACGCCUGGCGUUGUUGAAUCUCAUCUAGACGAAACGUUAGCG